GAUCUCGGGUCUCCAGGCACCUCCCUUGGCCCUGCCUUGUAGGUGUGACAGUUGCCGAAGUCUCAAUGGGGGUUGGAACUUCCAGAUCAAAGCUGGAAUGGUUACCCACUACAGCAGACCUUCUAGGUUCCAAGUCCAAGUGGCUCAGGUAAUAGCCUCAUUUCCCCCAGGGCACUACUCCUUUGUGACUUCACCCACUAAGUCACCCCCGGAGACAGUGCUGAAUGUUCCAUGCUAGAGUCUUGGCCUCUUAGGAGGCAGGGACAGCAGGCCUGGCCAGCUCAGAGGACUCUCUGUCCACAGUGUAAAUGAGGACGCUGCUGGCCCAUGUCUGGCAGGGAUGUAGAGGGCAGCCUCAGAGGCACUGGGCACUCCCGGCACCAUGGAUGACGCUGCCGUCCUCAAGCGACGAGGCUACAUCAUGGGGAUAAACUUGGGAGAGGGCUCAUAUGCCAAAGUCAAAUCCGCUUACUCUGAGCGCCUAAAGUUCAACGUGGCGGUCAAGAUCAUCGAUCGCAAGAAAGCCCCCACGGACUUCCUGGAGAAAUUCCUUCCUCGGGAGAUUGAGAUUCUGGCCAUGCUAAACCACCGCUCUAUUGUCAAGACUUAUGAGAUCUUUGAGACCUCUGAUGGCAAGGUCUACAUUGUCAUGGAGCUUGGGGUCCAGGGUGACCUCCUUGAAUUCAUCAAAACCAGAGGAGCCCUGCAAGAGGAUGAUGCUCGUAAGAAGUUCCAUCAGCUUGCCUCGGCCAUCAAGUACUGCCAUGAUCUGCAUGUUGUCCACCGAGACCUCAAGUGCGAGAACCUUCUGCUUGACAAGGACUUCAACAUCAAGCUGUCUGACUUCGGCUUCUCCAAGCAUUGUUUGCGGGAUGAUAGUGGUCGACUGACAUUAAGCAAGACCUUCUGUGGGUCAGUAGCUUAUGCGGCCCCCGAGGUUCUGCAGGGCAUCCCCUACCAGCCCAAGGUGUAUGACAUCUGGAGCCUGGGUGUGAUCCUCUACAUCAUGGUCUGUGGCUCCAUGCCCUAUGACGACUCCGACAUCAAAAAGAUGCUACGCAUCCAGAAAGAGCACCGCGUCAACUUUCCACGCUCCAAACACCUGACUGGUGAGUGCAAGGACCUCAUCUACCGGAUGUUACAGCCAGAUGUCAACCAGCGGCUGCACAUUGAUGAGAUCCUCAGCCACUGCUGGGUGCAGCCCAAGGCACGAGGUCUGUCCUCUGCAGCCAUCAACAAAGAGGGAGAAAGCUCCCGGGCCACUGAGCCCCCAUGGACCCCUGAACCCACUGGUGCCGAUAAGAAGUCUGCCACCAAGUUGGAGCCUAGGGAAGAGGCACGGCCCGAGGCCCAACCUGAGACAAAACUCCAGGAAGAUGUUGUGCAAGUGGCCAAGCAGUCAGAGACCCUGGGCCUUAACAGUGAACUGAACAGGGAGACAGAGGAAGGGCACCCCCAACAGCCUCCAGAGACACAUACCUAGUGAGCCUCUUGCAGCCCAGGGGGCCAGCAGGGAAUGAGGCAGAGCUCAUGACUUGAAGCCUGAGUCUAGAAGUCAAGGGAAGAGAGAGAGAAGGAAGACAGUCCCGGAUGAGCUGCUAUUUUCGUCACUUUCUUCUCCCCCCUUUGAACUUGGUAACUCAACAUGGCUAGAGAAGCAAUAAAUCACUAUAUUGGUGCAGACCCUGGUCCUGGGCUCCCCUUGGCUUCCUAUUAGACCGCAAAUCCUCAUAAGGAAAUUCACUCCCAUGCCCCCAGCCCAGACUGUAUCCUCAGGCCAUGGUUGAGUUAGCAGUAGCAGACAGAGGCUGGUUGGGAGGAUUUAAGAGGGGCGGAGGCCAGGGAAGAUAGCUAAGUGAGGAAGACACAACUUCUGGAGGGGAGCCGAGAAGUGCAGAGAGGGACAGGGCUGCCUGCAGAGGAAGGGCUGGAAACCAGAGCCCUCUCUUGCACCGGAGGGCUUGCACCGGAGGGCUUGCACCGACUGCAUCAGGAGCUUAGGGGCUAGGCAGGUGUUUCAUCAUUACCCCAGGGCUUCUGGCUGCACAAACCUGCCUGUAGGAGGCUGAGGGAAGACUACGGAAGGCAGGUUGACCCCCAUAGUACCUUUUGGGCUCCCCAAAUUGCUUUGCAGCUGGUUUUUCAGUUCUGCCCAUCAAGGGAUAUGUCCCUCCAUGUCCAGCUGGCACCCAGUUCUCAACUAUGCCUUUAGUUGCUCCACAUCACCAUUUCUCAGCCCAGAAGUAGGGGGCUCCACUAGUUAACCCAAGAAUGUCCCACAGCUCUGUAUAGCUUUGGCUGCAUCCCAUUCUCUUCCAAUCUCAAUCUGUUCCAGAGGAGAUGCCCUCAGUCAGAGCUGGAAGCAGACCUUGGCAAAGCAAAAUUGUCAGCAUGUCUGAACCUUAUAGGCAAGGGAGGCAGCUACUGGUAUUCCACAUGGGUGUGGCCUGCAUCUGGCACCACUGGCUGCCAUGUGCCGCUUGCCUUGCUGACACCAUGUCCCAAGCAGUCCUCACCUUGCGGUUGUGGCUCCUUUCUCUUCACCUCACUCUGGGCAACCUCAGGGAGGUUUGCCAAUUCACCUCUGAAGACUAUGCCAAUGUCCCUGGGCUCAGCCUAGGGACUCAGUCUUCUUCAAAGCCUCCUGGGACCAAGCAACGCUCUGUAGCCCGCCUCUGUGAAUUUUGCCUGGGUUAUGUCACUUCCUCUUGGAAGCCUUCUGUCCUGCCUCCUCCACUAGAAAGAGGCCUUCUUGCUUUCCCUCUGAACACAGCAUCCUUGGGUCACAUCUUGGCAGCUCACUGUAAGCGUAAGACUCC